AUGGUUGAUAAUUUAAUCGAACUACGUGAGCAAGCUGGUCUUGCUUCAUGUGCUAAACGUUAUAAUGAAGUCAUAUUAAUCUAUAAAAAUUAUCUUAAAAAUUAUGAUGAUAUUCCACCAAUGGAUCGUCAAAUGCUUUAUACAGCUUAUAAUAAACUCAUACUUGAUUAUAAUUUUAAAUCUUAUUGGAAAUUAACAUCAAUUGAAUUACAUAAAAAAAUUGAUUUUGAUUAUUUAGAAAUAAUUGAAAAUGAAAUUGAUUAUUUAUGUAAUGAUAUAAUACAGUUAAUUGAUAAUUAUUUUCUUGCAUCAAAAUCAAAUAAAGAUUUAGAUAUUGUUAUGACAUUACGACAACGUGCUGAUUUUCUUUUUUUUAAUUCUUCUAUUGCAAGACCAUCCACGAAACAAAUUAUGCUUCAGUCUGCUUUACGUUCAUAUACUGAAGGUGUCGAACGAUCUCGUUUAACAUUACCAAUUGAUGAACCUGAACGAGUGUUAAUUCAACUUCGUAAAUUUGCUUGUGAUGUACAAUUAUCCAAUGGAAUAUGUAAUUCUUAUACAUAUUCAGAAUUAAUUGAUGCUAUACAAGAAAUGAAAUCUUUUGUUUCAUCAUCGAAUGAUCCAUUACUUCUGAAAAUGGAAUCAUAUCGCUUAGAAUUAGAAAAAAUUCAGUAUUGA